UGGCGUGCCCGGGCCAGUGGCUUUCCGAGGGGCGUCCUUUCCUCUCCCUCACGACGGUCUUUCCCCCUCUGGAGCGCUCCCUCCCACGCCGUCGGAGGGAGUGGGCGCCAGGCGAAGGGAGUCACCUUCCCCGCCAACCAGCGCAAAGCGCGCAGGCAGGCAAGGCUCCGGGCUCUCUUCUCUCUCUUCCCCUCCCCGUCGCCCCGCACCUCCUUCCCAGGCAAAGACGACGAAGCCGCCGCCGCCGCCGCCGCUGCUCACUCUCCGCCCCUCCGCGGCCGGCUUGGGGGGUCUCGCUCCGCCACUUGGGGAGAGAAGCCCCUGCAUGCUGCGGCUGCAAGCGGCUGCUGGCGGCCAGGGCGCAAGCCCCGCUCUUCGCCCUCCCUCGCCUCGCCCGGCCGCCCGUGCGCCUCCGGGGCGCAAGCCCGCCGCCGCCACCCCCUCCUCAGCCCCGACGCCCGCCACGGAGAGGAGAAGAGAGGCGAGGCGACGGAGACCAUGAACAGCACGAAGAGCGAGCCCGAGCCCAGCCCGCCCGAGCCUAACCUGCCGGAGGAAGAGGUGCGGACGCUCUUUGUCAGUGGCCUGCCUCUGGACAUCAAACCCCGGGAACUCUAUCUGUUGUUCAGACCGUUCAAGGGUUAUGAAGGUUCUCUUAUUAAACUCACAUCUAAACAGCCAGUGGGCUUCGUUAGUUUUGACAGUCGCUCAGAAGCAGAAGCUGCUAAAAACGCUUUAAAUGGAAUUCGCUUUGACCCAGAAAUUCCUCAGACGCUCCGGCUAGAAUUUGCUAAGGCCAACACGAAGAUGGCUAAGAGUAAAUUGGUUGGAACACCAAAUCCAAGCACUCCUGCCACCUCCAACACUUUACCUCAGUUCAUUACCAGGGAGCCAUAUGAGCUCACAGUGCCUGCACUUUACCCCAGUAGCCCUGAAGUAUGGGCGCCGUACCCUCUCUACCCAGCGGAGUUAGCACCUGCUCUACCUCCGCCUGCUUUCACCUACCCUGCUUCACUGCAUGCCCAGAUGCGCUGGCUCCCUCCCUCAGAGGCUACUUCUCAGGGCUGGAAGUCCCGUCAGUUCUGCUGAAUACUGUGUACCAGGUGUGUGAUGGCGGCUACAAUCUGUCUUGUGGGUAUUAAUGCAUUCUUCCUAAGUCGCUACUGGUAUCUUUCCUUCAUCUUCAG